UGGAAGAUUUGUGCUGCCGCAGCUGGAAUGGAGGUUGAGGUUGAAGCUGACGUUGAAGUUGAAGUUGGAGGGUACACGAUAACCCAAUUUAUUGAUAAGAUGAUCGACCUUUUCCUGAACGAGAAACCUAAGUCUCGAGAUUGGAAGAAAUACUUGAUUUUCAGAGAUGAGUGGGGCAAAUAUCGGCAGAAAUUUUAUAAUCGGUGUAAAACCCGCGCCGAUUCUGAAAAAGAUUCAAAUAUGAAGCAAAAAUUGAUAGACCUGUCGAGGAGAGUUAGAAAGAUUGAUGAUGAAAUGGAAAAGCAUACUGCACUGCUUAAAGAGAUACAAGAAAGUCCCAUGGAUAUCAAUGCUAUUGUAGCAAAGAGACGUGGGGAUUUUACAGACAGUUUCUUUCGCCAUCUCACGUUGGUCUCAGAAACCUAUGACAGCUUGGAUGACCGAGAUGCGGUUGCUAGGCUGGGGACUCGAUGCUUAUCAGCAGUCAGCGCUUUCGAUAAUACUCUGGAGAUUGUGGAUACAUUAGACAUUGCACAGGCUAAGUUUGAUGACAUCUUAAACUCCCCUUCAAUAGAUGCAGCAUGUGAGAAAAUAAAAGGCCUAGCCAAGGCAAAAGAGCUUGACUCUUCUUUAAUUCUAUUGAUAAAUGGUGCUUGGUCAGCAGCAAAGGAGUCAGCAACUAUGAAAAAUGAGGUGAAAGAUAUAAUGUAUCGUAUAUACAAGGCAACACAGAGCAGUUUGAGGAGUAUUGUGCCCCAGGAAAUUAAACUCCUGAAGUAUUUGCUGAACAUCACAGAUCCUGAAGAGCGAUUUUCAGCAUUGGCCACCGCUUUCUCGCCUGGCGACGAACAUGAUAUCAAACAACCAAAUGCUAUAUACACAACUCCCAAGGAGCUGCACAAGUGGAUUAAGAUCAUGCUCGAUGCAUACCAUCUCAAUAUGGAAGAGACUGAAAUCAGGGAAGCCAAGAAAAUGGACCAACCUAUUGUUAUCCAGAGACUUUUCAUCCUUAAAGAAACUAUUGAAGAGGAGUACUUGGAGCAAAAUGCCAAACCAGAGACGAACACAAAUUCAGAAGACAGCUGAUGUAAACUUUCCAUCAAAGGGUGCUCUGCUAAAUCUGUGGGAGCUAGUAAACCUAUAAGUUCACUUGAAGGUUUGUGCUUGUUUCCUUAUUUGGAUGAAAUUAACUGAUGCGUCUUUCAUAAGAUUGACAUAGGCUAUUUACCUCAGCUCACGUGUAUCACUAGUUGCAUCCGAUGUAUGUAAUCACGAUUUCCUUUGAGCCAAAAAUAUGGCGUAUGGUUGGCUUUUUACAUA